ACGGUUCACAGGAAACAAAUUUCACGCAUGCGUGAGCACUAUCACAACGUCUGAAAAUUUUGCAGAACAAUAACAAAAGUGUACUUUCGCUAAAUGCAAAAUCAGAGAACAUUGCAUCAUUGUUGAAAACAUUCAAGCUAACUCAGUCAUUCAAUUUAUCAUUUCACUGUAUAAUUUACAAAAUCAAACAUCGACUUAUUGUUUAAAUCGAACCGGCAUUUUAUGACAAAUUCUGCAAAAAUGUAACCUUCUCCCACUCAAUUUUAUUGUCCUCAAUAAGAUCUCGUUUUAAUUUGUGCAUCGUUGUCUUGCAAAUGGCAGGAAGGACACAACAGCCCCUUUUGUCAUCACUGAGACGUAGAAAACGGACACAACCACCAGUAUUCAACGGCGUAUCUGGAUCAUAUGAGGACAAAGACAAUGAUUUUUUGUGCCCAAUAUGUUUUGAUUUGAUUGAUGAAGCUCAUAUGACCAAGUGUGGACAUACAUUUUGUUACAAGUGUAUAAAGACAAGCCUGGAGACAGCAAACAGGUGUCCAAAAUGUAACUUUGUCAUAGAGAGUCCAGACUUUAUUUUCCCCAAUUUCAUGUUAAAUGAGCUGAUACUUAAGUACAGAAGUCGACAAGAUGAGAAAAGAAUCAGACUUGAUCAACAGAAUGUACCGGGAUCAUUAGAUCUUGCUGAACUGGUUAUGGAGGAGAAUAUGGACUUGGCGAAUGUAAACACUCUCUUGGAAUUGCUACAUUCAAAGAAACAACAAUUAGAAGAUGAUGGUAGGUUGGCACAGAAUACUGUACUGAAGGAGUUCCUUGUUCAAGUACGAGAAAGAAAACAAGAGCAAUUAGACCAGUUAUCAAGAGAAAUCUCUAUUAUAGAUGAAGAUGUUAGAACAAUAGAGGACCGCAUAAAUGAACACAGGCAAAAAUACCCAUACUUACCUGACCACUCUGUUCCCAACAGUUUUGAACCAACUGUGGCACAAGGCAGUUCUGUGAUAAGUCAAGAUGGUUUUAAUGGUAGUAAAAAUUCUGGUAAGUCAUGGUUGCAAACAUCAGUGGCAUCUAGACGGAAGAAAGUUAACCAACAUUUUGAUGACCUUCAACUUUGUUAUUUUAACAUACGUAAGGAUGAUUAUUCAGGUGAUAUGGAAAGUGGUGGUGGCUUGGAGGAUUUUACAGAGAGUCUCUCCAAGUUUACCCGUUUUAGCUCAUUUAGACCGCUAGCCACAUUAGGUUAUGCAAGUGAUAUAUAUAACAGUUCUAGUAUUGUAUCAAGUAUAGAGUUUGAUCGAGACUGUGAUUUCUUUGCUAUUGCUGGAGUAACGAAAAAGAUUAAAGUAUUUGAGUAUGGCACAGUUAUAAAAGACGUGGUUGACAUUCAUUAUCCUAUAAGUGAGAUGACGUGUAAUUCUAAAAUAAGUUGUGUAACAUGGAGUGCAUAUCACAAGAGUAUGUUGGCUAGUGCAGACUAUGAAGGGGCUAUUACAUUAUGGGACGCAUUUACCGGACAGAAAACAAAAAUAUUUCAGGAGCAUGAGAAGAGAUGUUGGAGCGUGGAUUUUAACAGAAUGGAUCCACGUCAGAUAGCAUCUGGAUCAGAUGAUGCUAAAGUGAAGUUAUGGUCAACUAAUGAGGAGAAUUCUAUAACCAGUCUUGAAGCGAAGGCCAAUGUUUGUUGUGUUAAAUUCAACCCAGACAGUCGAUACCACCUGGCAUUUGGAUCAGCUGACCAUUGUGUACAUUAUUAUGAUCUCAGGAAUUAUAAACAACCAGUCAUGGUAUUCCGUGGACACAAAAAAGCUGUUUCUUACACCAAAUUUCUCAACUACACAGAAUUAGUAUCAGCAUCAACAGAUUCACAGUUAAAAUUAUGGACCACAUCAAAAUCUACCUCUGUACGAACAUUUAAUGGGCAUAUAAAUGAGAAAAACUUUGUUGGCCUGGCAACUGAUGGUGACUAUGUGGCUUGUGGAAGUGAGAAUAAUUCCCUAUAUAUUUACUACAAGGGAUUAUCGAAACAGUUACUAACAUACAAGUUUGAUACAGUCAGGAGUGUACUGGAAAAAGAGAAGAAAGAGGAUGAUGCUAAUGAAUUUGUGAGUGCUGUAGCUUGGAGACCUGGUUCAAAUGUAGUAGUGGCAGCAAAUAGUCAAGGAACAGUUAAGGUGUUGGAACUUGUAUGAACCACAGUGAUAAAUCAGUGACCUCAACACUACCUCUUGACCUUGUUACCAGGGAUACAAGCUAUUUAUAGAACAUGCUUAAUUGGGGAAAUUCUGCUGCUGAGAAUUUCUACUAUCUAUAGAACAUGAAAAAGAAGAACUAGAAUAAUCUAGACUGCUUGGGUUAUCCAAAGAAUUGGUGUAUGCCAUAAAGCAAGUUUUCCAGUUUAGGUUUCAUUAGAAAUAUUAAACCACACACCUUAACCUUCAUGUUCUUUCUUGUUUUAAGGACAUGUAAAAUCUAUUUAUAGAAUAUUGAGAUGCAUAUAUUUUUAAUCUGUGAUUGUUUAAUGAAAUCUGCUAUUUGUCAACCAUUUCAAAUAAAUGAAUGGGGACUGAUUUCUGAAAGUGUACAGUUUUUGUUUGACCUUUCAUUAUAAACCAUCUGAUAAUUUCAUAUUCACAGCAUUGUCAUUAUGUUAAUAGACUAUUGUGUUAAAAGCACAUUAUGCCUAAGUAAUCAAUAUUUUUUUAGUUAUUUAUUUAAAAAUGUCUUUUAUAUGUUUAAUAAUGUUCUUAAUAUUGGAUUAGGGUUAAACAACUGAAAAAGAAACUCUGACAUGCAGCAAUAUGUCGUUAAGGCAGCAAAAAAAACAAAGUAGUAUUUUGACUUCCAUACAUAAUACUAAAUCACUGUAAUUAUACAAAUUGCCAAGGGGCAACAAAGGCAAAAGAUAAUUGCCAAUGAGUAACUUUUCAGAAUGUGUAACCAAAAAUGGAAAUAAACAGUGUUUAGGAAUUAAAAAUAGCAGCAUUUUUGGCCUUAAAACUGAUUUUUGCACAUACUGUACGAUAUAUAACUUGUUACAGGGCAAAUGUACCUGCAUACACAGCUGAAAUACACAUUACAUUACUGAGUCUGAAGUCAGAAAAUUGUUAGCAGCUUUUGUUAUAGAAUUUGUUAAUUCAUCAAAUAUUAGGUUUAUUUAUGAAACCUUUACAUGUAUCGCUACAUUCAUAUAAUGGCAUUUAUAAUUUUUUCUAUUCACCUGCAUACUUGAUUGCAGUUGGUUUGACAUAAGCACAUGGUAAGUCAAGUGUCAUUGCAACACAUAUACUAAUUCAAUUCUAUGUUGAUUUACACUUUGAUAUUAUACAGACUUUACUUGAUCACAGACACAGUGGUUUAAACCAUUAUAUUUAAACUCUUACCACACUAAAUAUCUUAAGUGGACUUGUCCAUUGUUCAAUCAGGACAAAACCAUUCAUCGUUUUUAGGGAAGUUUUCAAAAUAUGUAUUGAUUGAAUAGUGUGAACAGUGCAAUUCAUCAUUAGACAGCAUUGAUGUACCACCUGAUCAUGGUCUGCACUGAUUGCAUUUGACAUAUUCAAGUAUAGGUUCAGGCACUGCCAGUGGGUGAGAAACUGUUAGUGUUAAUUUUGUUGUUUUUGUGCUCAACCAAAUCAAACACCAAAUUAGAAAAACUUGACCGCAUAACCACCAUCUUCACCAAAAAAAAAAGCAUCAACAAUUAUCUAAUCUACAUUAUAUUGCACAGUCAUGUUAUGUUACACUAUUAAAUUGUUUAAGUCUAUUUUUUAUGCUUCAUGAAAAUUUUAGCAAGGAAUAUAGUCGCCUCAUUGCACUUCCUUAGUUCAGUGAUGGUUGCCUGUAGUUACUUGUAGCCACUUCAUACAUUGCCGGGUAUCUUCCAUAUUUGGUAGAUAAGGUGUAAGCCACUGGCAUCAUGGUCACUAUUGUUCAAAAGACAUGUAGAGUUUUACAUAUAUUUUUAUUUUUUGCAUUGAAAUUCUUUGAAAAUAUGCAAAUAGUGGGAGCAUCCAUUGCUCCUGGCGAUAUGUCUUGUUGAUGAUAUCAGUGUUUCCAUUCACACACAUAUAUUAUGCAUAAACACCAACAUUCACAAACAGAAAUCUAGGUUAGAACUUAAAAAUACUUACAAAAAAAUCAGGAAUUUUAUCAUGUACCUUUCAGAGAUCAUUCUUGGGAGCAAUUUCUCCAUCAAAAAUCAUAUAAAUUGCAUGGUUUAAAUGUUCGUGUACCCACUGAUUUUGUAUUUGACCCCCAGUUUUCAAAGGUUGGGUUAAAAAAUGCUUUUAAUGAAGUAUAGCAGUAGGAACACUGUGAAAUGAAGCUCAAAAUCUGUCUAUAAUAUGACUGGUAUAAUGGCAUAAUGCUAUAUUAGUUGUUACUGAACUGCAGUAUUUCACAGUAGAAUUGUUCUCUACUAUCAUAAAUAAAUUUAUUUUGUUAUCAACAUUCUAAAUCUUGAAUGCAAUGUUAUAUAAAUUGUUAAAUGCCUAGAUAUCUUUUUGGCUAUAACUAGUUUGACUAGAUUUAACUGUUGUUAAUUUGUCUUCAUACAUUACUUGACCAUGUUUAUUGUAAAAUUAAUUUUAUUAAAUGACAACAAAAUGUAAA